CCGAAGUGUUCUAAGGCUGGGACUCCAAGUCUGGGACGCAGAAGCAAAAGAGACAAUGAAGAGCUUCCUACUGGCGAUUGCGCUCUAUGGAGCACUUUCCUGUGCUUUGCCCUUAACCCAGGAAGCUGAUCAAGUUGCAGAAGCGGACCUGAAUUUUGCCAAGAAAUACAUAGAAAACUACUAUCCUGAUUCCACAUCGACGCCUGUCAUAAGAAGCAAAGGAAGUGACGAUAUUCCUGCUGACAAAAUACGGCUAAUGCAGGAACGCUUUGGGCUGAAAGUGACAGGCAGGUUGGAUUCAAACACUUUGGCUUUAAUGAGGAAGCCCAGGUGUGGGGUUCCUGAUGUAGCAGAAUACAGCACCUUUCCCGGAGAUCCAACAUGGAAGAAAAGAAAACUGACAUAUAGUGUUCUGAAUUACACGCCAGACAUGGACCGCGCUGAUGUGGAUGUUGCAAUCGAGAGAGCUUGGAAAGUGUGGAGCGAUGUGACCCCCCUGACCUUCACCAGGGUUUAUGGGGAACCUGCAGAUAUUGAGAUCUCUUUUGCUGCUAGAUCUCAUGGUGACUAUAUCCCAUUCGAUGGACCAGGUGGGCAAUUGGCUCAUGCAUUUUCACCUGCUUUCGGUGGAAAUGCCCAUUUCGAUGAGGAUGAAUCCUGGGUGCGGGAUUUAACAGGAGUCAACCUUUUCCUUGUUGCUGCUCAUGAGUUUGGCCACUCACUGGGUCUCAGGCAUUCUGGGGUUUGGGGGGCUCUGAUGUUUCCAACUUAUCAAGCUAUGGACCCGCAAAACUUCAGGCUUCACCCAGAUGACAUUGAAGGCAUCCAGUCCCUCUAUGGACCCCCUGAAGGUGGUGAUGGUGAUGACAGUUCGUCAGGAAACCCAGAGGCACCAACAGAGGCACCAUCCACAGACUUGUGUGACCCUCGCCUGGCUUUUGAUGCUGUUUGCUCUCUCCGAGGGGAAACCAUGUUCUUUAAAGACAACUUUUUCUGGAGAAAGAAUCCCCAGAGAAGAGAUGUUGAAAAAGUUCCUAUUUCUGCCUUCUGGACAGCUUUGAGCAAGGGCAUAGACGCUGCGUAUGAAGUUAAGGCUGAUGACACAGUGUUUCUCUUCAAAGGACACAAGUAUUGGGCCACCAAGGGAAAUAUUAUACAGGGAGGCUUCCCCAAGAAUAUUCACAGCCUGGGCCUCCCGAAAAGUGUUAAGAGCAUUGAUGCAGCUGCUCAUGACAGCAUCUCAAAGAAGACCUAUUUCUUCUCUGGAAACAGUUACUGGAGAUAUGAUGAAGCCCAGAAGUCCAUGGAAAAAGGCUACCCAAGAAAGAUAUCAGCUGACUUCCAUCAGGUUGGCUCCAAAGUGGAUGCUGCUUUUCUGAAUCAUGGACAUUUCUAUUUAUUCAUUGGCUCAGAGCAAUAUGAGUUUGACAGCAGAACCAAAAGAUUUAUCGGCAUCAAGAAGAGCAACAGCUGGUUUGGGUGCCAAUGACACGGGACAAAGAGUGAUGCAACCUAGAAGAAGGGAAUCUCUUGACAUUGUGUUUGUUGGCUUGUCCUGUGGUUCCAUGAGCCACGGAACAAGCAGCAUUUUGAAUAAGGAGCUUCUAAAAUGGAAUUCCCCUCUGUUUUUAACUUACAAUAGAUCUUUUUUUAAAAAAAGAAUAUUCCUGUUUCUAUCUUUGUCUUUUAUUUCAAAGUUCAUUUUACUGUUCGUAAACUGUUUUUAUUUAAAAUCAAGCAGUA